CCGAACCUUUGCAAUACUAGAAAAUCUACUCGUGGUGUAGUGACCAAAACGAUUUUUCGAUUUUCAAAUUUGAGAAAAUUUUCACAGUCGUAGUCUCAUAUACGUGAAAGUACAGACUGCGGCACACCGGCCACCUGAACUCCAGAAUUUUUCUCCCUGGUUUCCCUAUUCAUCUUGAAUCCCUCCCACUGGUUUCCCUUUUUUGGCUUAUAGUUUAUGGUAUUAAUUUAUUGGCCUUAGCAUUUACAUAACUAUUGGAAUGGAAGUUUUACGUUCUUCCCUCAGCAACACGGAUGAUCAUGUGGGUAUCCCAGAUGAUUUGCGUUGUAAGAGGUCGGAUGGUAAACAAUGGAGAUGUACAGCCAUGUCUAUGCCUGAUAAAACCGUAUGUGAGAAGCACUACAUUCAGGCGAAGAAGAGGGCAGCUAAUUCUGCUUUACGAGCUAGUCUAAAAAAAACAAAGAGGAAGCCUGCUGAUGAAAGUCUGAUUUAUUGGGAGAGUAAGAGUGAUGACAAGGAUAUGUCUUUUGCAGAGGCAGACGUUGAGGCUCUUCCACUGCCAAGUUUGGCUAAAAAUCCCAAGGAUAGGGGGGUGAAGAAUCAAGUCCUUUGUUCUCCUGAAUCUCCAUCAAUGAAGAAUUUGACAAUGCUGAAUUCAUUGAAUUCGGAUGAAGAUAUGCAGACAGAUUUGGAUUUUUUUGAUGAGAGUAGAAGGCCGUACCAGGCAUCACCUUCGUAUGCAAUAGAGUUCUCAAGGAACGUGUCACUGAAAAGCCCUGAUAAUGGUGCCAUGGCCACCAAUGAGGUUCAUUCUGACACCAGCACUGAUUCUCCUAAUGACACCAACGGACCUAUCUGCCAUCAGUGCCAUAGUAGAAGCAAAAGCUCAGUUAUUUGGUGCCUUAAAUGCGACAGAAAAGGGUAUUGUGGUAGCUGCAUCAGUACAUGGUAUAAUAAUAUCCCUUUGGAGGAGAUCCAAAGAGUUUGCCCUGCAUGUCGUGGCUUGUGUAAUUGUAAGAUGUGCUCCAGGGUAGAUAAUUUGAUAAAGGCAAAAAUAAGGGAGAUACCUGUACUGGAUAAGCUGCAAUACCUUUAUUGUUUGUUAUCUUCUGUGCUUCCUGUGGUCAAGCUGAUCCACCAACAACAGUGUGCUGAAGUGGAGUUAGAAAAGAAGCUUUGUGGAAUUGAUGUAAACCUUGAGAGGAAGAAAUUGAAUGCAGACGAGCAGAUGUGUUGUGAUUGCUGCAGAGUUCCGAUCGUUGAUUAUCAUCGUCACUGCUCAAAUUGUUCGUAUGAUCUUUGCCUUAGUUGUUGUGAUGAUCUUCGUAGUUCAACUCUGGCUGAAAGAAAAGAUGAUCCGGAUGAUACUUAUAGCUCUGAGAAAAAUCAGUUGGGUGAGAUUUUUAAAGAACAAGCGUCACCAAACCAUAGGCUUUUAAUGAGUGUAAAGAUUCCUGGCUGGAGAGCAAGUAAAGAUGGCAGUGUACCUUGUCUUCCUCGGGAACAUGGAGGUUGUGGCUCUUUUUUAUCUCUUCGGCGAAUUUUUAAGAUGAAUUGGGUCGCUAAAUUGGUGAAAAAUCUAGAGGAAAUGGUUAGCGGUUGCAAGGUUAAAGAAAUUAACAUUUCUUUAUACACCAGACAAAUGAACUCUAGGCUUCUUGAAUGUGCAUCACGCAAAGACAGUGAUGAUAAUUUCUUGUAUUGUCCAUCAGUUGAAGACAUUAAACAUGAUGGAGUUGUUUACUUUAGAAAACAUUGGGGGAAGGGUGAACCUAUCCUUGUCAAGCAGGUUUGUGAUGGUUCAUCAAGCACAAGCUGGGAUCCCAUGGUUAUUUGGAGAGAAAUUUGUGAAUCUAAUAAAGAGGGGAUGACUGAUGCUGGUGGAGUGGUGAAGGCGAUUGAUUGUCUAGAUUGGUCCGAGGUUGAUAUAGAACUUGGGCUAUUCAUGAAGGGAUACUCAGAGGGGCGCCUUCGUGAAAAUGGUUCUCCACAAAUGUUGAAGCUGAAAGAUUGGCCAUCACCAAGUGCAUCUGAGGAGUUCUUCUUGUAUCAAAGGCCUGAAUUUAUUAGUAAAAUCCCAUUUCUUGAAUUUAUUCAUUCCAAGUGGGGGCUUUUGAAUGUUGCUGCUAAACUGCCUCAUUAUUCCCUGCAAAAUGAUGUUGGACCAAAGAUAUUUAUUUCAUAUGGACUAUCUGAAGAGUUAGACAAAGGUGACUCAGUGACUAAUAUCCAUUUGAAUAUGCGUGAUAUGGUAUACCUCUUGGUGCAUUCUCAUGAAAUGAAAGUUAAAGGCUGGCAGCAGGAAAGCAUUGACAAGACACAGAAAGCUAGUGAGGAAACUAUGGAGCAAGAUUUUUCUGAAUAUAAAUGCAGGGACCUGAAGGAAAAGGCGACACUUGGGUCGCCCUUUCAAGGAGAUGAUAAAAGAGAUGUGAAUAGGGGUAAACUAGACAUAAAUUUAGAUGAGCAAAUAGAAGAUAUUGAAAGCAGGACAUUGGAGCGAGAACAUGAGCACAAGGAAAGAGGAUUGCUUUCUUCUGACACCCUUCCUGGAGCCAGUUGGGAUGUCUUUCGACGGGAGGAUAUUCUAAAGUUAAUUGAUUAUCUAAGAUCUCAUUGGCCGGAUUUUGGAAAGUCUACUAUGGUUACGAGCCCUCUUUUCUGUGAAUCAGUGUAUCUUAACAGUCACCAUAAAAGGAAACUAAAGGAGGAAUUUGGAAUUGAACCAUGGUCAUUUGACCAGUAUUUGGGCCAAGCUGUGUUUGUCCCUGCUGGAUGUCCAUUUCAAGUAAGGAAUCUUCAGUCCACAGUUCAGUUGGGUCUUGAUUUCUUGUCUCCUGAGAGCUUAGAGCAGGCGUUGAAAUUGGCUGAAGAGAUACGUUGUCUUCCAAAUGAUCAUGCUACAAAGCUUCAAAUGGUAGAGGUUGGAAAGAUAUCACUGUAUGCAGGUAGUUCCGCAAUUAAAGAGGUGCAGAAGUUGGUUCUUGAUCCAAAGUUUAGUGCUGAGUUUUUGUUUGAGGAUCGUAAUCUAACUGCGAUGGUUUCAGAAAAUCUGAAGAGAAUAAUGAAACAAAGACAAGUUGUCUGCUCAUAAAUCAACAUAAUUUGCUUAUCUGAACACUUCUGCUUUCUAUUUUAUAUUGAAUUCUGAAUUUCCUACAUGGUUUUAUGUCUGAAUCUCCACGAAAUAGCUGUCCCUUUUCUGAGGUUAAUCAAAUUAGGGUAGAGCGCAUACACGGGAAAUGUAUUUAUUAGUUCUUGCAAAGUAGAGAGGGCUAAUUACAGCUUUUUUCUAUCUCACUUAAUCCCUGCAUGAUGCCAUUGUAUUUGUAUUUUUGAGGGUUACGCUAUUUUAGUAUUAAAAAUUUCUUGUAAAUAGAACAUAUUUAACGACAUUUUCUUACCUUCUAAUUGUGGUUCUAAUUUUAUGACUUAGAUAAUAAUAGUUUUGUAGACAAUGGGUUUACCUUAUUAAAAUUUUUAUUUUUUCUGUCUUCA